AUGCCGAUUUUCGAACUUAAAGAUAAACAACGUUCAACAUUCGAAAAAAGUAGAAUUAAACAUUUGGUACUUCGAAAAUUAGAUUUCACUUUAUUGCCUAUAUUAUGUAUCAUUUAUCUACUAUCAUAUCUUGAUCGAUCGAAUAUAGCAAAUGCUAGACUGGCGGGUAUAGAAGAGGAUACUCAUUUAACAAACAUACAAUAUCAAUGGAGUCUUUCAAUAUUUUUUAUUGGCUAUAUUCUUUGCGAAGUACCAUCGAAUUUGAUUCUUCGCCGAUGGAGAGCAUCAAAAUGGAUUGCAAUAAUUAUGCUUGCAUGGGGUAUUGUUGCUGUAUGUAUGGCAGCAAUAAAAAGUUUCGUUGGACUAAUUAUUUGUCGAUUUUUACUUGGUGUUUUUGAAGCUGGACUAUUUCCAGGAAUUAUUUAUUAUAUGUCAUUAUGGUAUAAACGAAAGGAGCAAGCUGUACGAUUAGGACUUUUUUGGAGUUUUUCAUCAUUGGCAGGCUUAUUUAGUGGACUAAUUGCAUACGGAAUUAUGCAAAUAAAAAGUCCUUUAUCUCAUUGGCAAUUGAUCUUUAUUAUUGAAGGAGUACCCACGAUUCUUCUUGCUGUUUUCUGUUGGAUUUUUCUCCCAGAUUCACCUGAACAGUGUCGUUUCUUGAAUGAAGAAGAACGAUCAUUCGAAAUAAAUCGUUUAGCAAAAGAUGCGGGAGCAGCGGGAGAUCGUUCAUUUUCUUGGGCACAAGUUCUUUCCGUAUUUAAAGAUUGGAAGACAUAUGUGUAUAUGGUUAUUUAUAUCACGGGAUCAGUCGCAUUACAAAGUAUUACAUUAUUUCUUCCAUCAAUUAUUUCUGGAAUGGGUAAAUGGGAUGAUAUAAAAACACAACUAAUGACUAUACCACCAUAUUGUGUCGCAUUUAUUACCACAAUUCUUCUCUCAUUUAGUUCUGAUCAUUUUGUUGAACGAUCACUUCAUAUGGUAUUUAUUAAUGUCAUCUCAAUGUGUGGAUUUCUAAUACUGAUAUUUGUUAAUCGUCAACAAGUGUUUAUACUCUAUUUCGGUGCCAUACUUGUGACAGCUGGUGUUUACGCCAAUGUAUUAUUGAAAAUUGUAUGGUUCAAUAACAACUUUGCCGGCUUAACACGUCGAGCUGUAGCUGGAGCAGCAAUUGUAAGCUUUGGUACUAUUGGAGGAGUAAUCAGUAGUCAAAUUUAUCCGAGUUCAACAAAACCAAAAUAUUAUAUGGGUAAUGCUAUUUCUCUAUCAUGUGUUGGUAUACAAGCAAUAUUGGCUAUUCUAUUACGGCUAGUAUUUAUGUAUGAGAAUCGUCGUAGAUCACAUUUGAAUGAUGAACAAAAAAUCAAAGAAAUCCAAUAUUAUGGUGGAGUGGAAUUAGCGGGCGAUCAUCAUCCAGACUUUAGAUAUACAUUAUAA